UCUUCACCCUGCCUGUAGUCUUUUCAAAGUGCUGCUGAGUCUGAUCCACAACCUGGAGAGGAUAGCGAUGCUAAACACACGACGAACGUUAUUAACGGAAAGUCAAAUGACGAAGUUUUUUGGGUUUUGUAGGUGAAUAUGAUGAUGUUCAUUAGAGAUAAUGAAUAAACUCGAUUCUGUUGAUCCGUAUCGUCGACCAGCGCGCAGGACACAAUGGAUAGUGAGUACUUUGGCUUACCAUUAUGGACUGGACCGCGGAGUAGAGAACGAAAUCAUUGUUUUGGCCACUGGACUUGAUCAAUAUCUGCAGGAGAUUUUCCAUCAUAUGGACUACCAAGGGGAUGGUAAGAUUUCCGUGGAAGACUUCAAUAUCCUCUGUGAAAUUUUGGGGUUAAACAAAGACUCGGAUUCGGAGUGCGAUUCGAUUUUGGACAAUUUGCCCAACGAAUUCACUUUCAGGCAGUUUCAUGCCAAACUUUGUGGAUACUUUAGCACCAAGGCGGGGUGCCAUUACGAAAAUGGCAGGCUCCUGGUGGGCAAAGAGAGCGAACACAUCGAGACGCAGAUCCGCCUGAGAAGCCCGUUGAGAAGGAGAGAAAAGCUGCUGUCUGUGGGCGGUGGGGAGUCCGCCGGGCACGUCUCCGGCUGCAGACAAGGUCCCUGUACAAGAGAGUGCUAUGAAGAGAUAGUGGCCCUAGAGGAGGCAGAGGACAGAAUAACGAAAUUAGAAGACGAGAAUGCAAGUCUAAGAGAAUUAAUUGAGGACAUGCGUGCUGCUCUGCAGAGUAGUGACGCCCGUUGCUUGGCGCUACAGGUAGGACUGUGGAAAAGCCACUCAAAACACAAACCAGAGGAAGGAUGUUUUAUUGCCCACCACAAGCAAGCUGCCCAGAAAAACAUAAGCAAUGCCAAUAUAAAAAGCAGCUCCCGUGCAAAGAGUCUGCAAAGCAUCAUCCAUGAAAUAGAACUGCUCCGUAGCUCCAGAGAUCAUCAGAUAGAAGAGGCCAUGAUGUGUAAUCAGAAGCUGGAACAGGACUUGCAGACCUCUAAAGAAGAUGUAUUUGCUUUGGAGGACUGCAACCGAGUUCUACGGGGAGAGCAGGCGGCCAUGCGGAGGAAGAUGGAAGAGGUGAGACAUGCAGUUCUCACUAGCCUGGGCAAGGUGAAAGAUCUGGAAGCCAAAGCCAGUCAUGUGCCAGUGCUUCAAAGGCAUGUCCUCCAGCUCGAGUCGGAGCUCCUCUACUACAGGUCAGAGGUGUCCAAACUACAACUCCCAAGCAGCACCAGAGCAGGGCAACAUUUGGUUGGCUGCAGCAGGCCGGGUCAGAGCUGCUUUUUGGACUCCCAGCGUGACCGGUGUUCCCCGACAGGGCUGGCUGAGACCACCCCAGACAAAGUGGAGGAGCAGCUGUUCCGCUCAGUGGAAGGCCAGGCAGCAUCAGAUGAGGAGGAGGACAAAUGGACAGGAGAGCAACAGAGACAAGUGGACGAGGUGAAGAGAAUCCUAACCAGGCUGUCCUGCUGUGGGGAAAGGUGUGAUGACAAGGCAUUCAAGAAGCUGAUGUCUACCACUGGAAACUCGAGGAGUGAGGACAACCACCAUGGUGUGGUGGAGCUCCUCGAAAAGGUGACCAGACUCAAUAAGCAGCUGGAGCUGAGAGAGACCCAGGCCGGGACAGACAUGGACCAGAUGAAGAACUCUUUGGUACAGGAGCUACAGCAGAAGGCAGAGGAAACGGAGCUGCUUCAAAUGGAGCUGCAAAUGCUGGAGACGGAGAGGGUGCGACUGUCGCUCGUUGAGGAGAAACUCAUGGAUGUUCUGCAGCUCCUUCAACAACUCAGGGACCUGAAUGUCUCCCGGCGGUCUCUGGGGAAAAUCCUGCUCAGCACUUUGGAGUCUUGUAGUGACCCGCAACAUGGGAAAGCUCACAUUCUGGAAGUACUCAAUGCCCUCUAUCAUGAGCUGGCUGCCUGUGAGAUUUUGUCUACUGGUGGCCCACUGGAGCGCACUCAGAGCCACAAGUCUCUCAGUGCCCUUAUCUCCUGCUGAACAAGUCCACCCCCUGGUGGGCAAAUCGCCUCCAGCAACGAUCCAUCUUCGUGGAUAGACUGUCUCUGGUAUGUGGUGGACAAUGAAUUUGCCACAGCAACGGUGAAGGAAAAUUCUAUAACCUACCAUGAUGUAUAUAAUGUAUCAUUUUAGCUCAUAUACUCCUCAGGCCUCAUAUAAAUGGAAAUAACUUUUUAUGAUUAGUCUAGAAUGUUAUAUAAUGUAACCAAGGGCCAAAGUUCAUAUAGAUAAGGUGCUUUUUUUUUAAUCUAGGGCGUUGAUUGCACAAAACUCUCUAUGAUCUGGUAUGGUUUUAUUUUUUUAAUGUCAUUAUAGAGAUCUUAAUGUGAACAUAAAAUAAGCUUAGGUCUAAGCAUGGUUGUCAAAGCCAUCUGACCGUUUUGUACUAUGUAUGUACAAUUCUGUAUGCCCUAUAGAUAUACUGCUAAAUUAUGACAUGAAAUUGUUUCAAAGGACCAAAACCCAUCACUAAGGUUUUGAAGGGUUUAGCAAAGACACUUGUGUUCCUCCUAUUAAAGCUGCAAUCUGCAACGUUUUGUCCAUUUGAAAACGUGAUGUGACGUGGUAAUUCUGUUGGACAGACAAUCAAUAUAGUUCAAUGUAAAAGAAAAUAGUUCCGUUGCAGCUGAUUUUCUCAGACAAAAAUAAUAUGUAGCGGCCAUUGUUACUCAUCUGCCAUAUCAGCUCACCAGUACAGUCAACACCCUUGUAAAAACCCUGGUAAAAAUGGGAUCCUCAGACCAAAACGGAAUCCUCAGACCAAAACUAACGCAGACAGUCUUAUGUAUUACAAAUGUCAUCAAAAUGUACAAUUACACUGAUCUAUGAUAUUAUUGUAUUGACUGUCCAACAGAAUCAUGGCCACUGCAUUAUAUUUCAAUCUUUUCCCUGUUGGAGUUGUUUCUAUCAUGUACGUUUGCCGCUGCACCAAUGUUGGCCCUACCCGGUCAAAACAUAUCGACAUCAGUCUAUGAGACUGGAGAACAUCUCUAACCAUGACAAGGACGUCAGCAAGUACUAUAUAACCUGACUCCAUGGUGGAGAAAAUAACGAUUUAUUGAAGGAGAAAAGUUGCGGAUUUCAGCUUCAACUGACCAGCAAUACGAUAUUAAUGGAGCUCCUGACCCCCAAACAGUAUACAAUUGCGGUGACUAUUUUAAAUUAUACUAGCAUAGUGAACACAUGAGUGCCACGUAACUCUUUUCAGAAACUGAUUUGGAAAGAAGAUACUCACGACUUUUAUAUUGGGUCACUUUCUCAAGCAAUAUACAUCCCUUAGCUACAAUGUACUAUUGACUUGACAAAAACACCAAUUGGGCUUUGGUAAUUAUCCCAUUAAAGCGUUUGACA